AUGUCGACAGAACACUCCUACGCCGGCGAACCGGCCAACAUCCCCGGGGCAAACGUCUUCAACUUUAUGUUUAGCAACCCUUUUCAGCAGGAGAGCGAGUUUACGCCGCCCAAGCAGCGCGUGCCAAAGAUCCAUGAUGAUCAGCCCAUUUUCAUUGACCACGCCAGCGAUCGGCCUCUUACCUUUUCGCGGUUGAGGCGUGAUGCCCUCACUUUGGCUGCCAGUCUGCAGAACCUGGGACUCGAUCCCAACGCGUUGGAAGUGCUUCCUCCUACGCCAUCAUGUCCUGGACCAGAGGUUGCGCCUGUUGUCAUGAUCCAUUUGCCCAAUUGUCUGCCGUUUGCGACAACGGUAAUGGGCACACUCGCUGCUGGCAUGACUGCGACGUUGGCAUCGCCUUCGUUGACGGGCACUGAGCUUGCUUGGGUUGUCAAGAACUCGCGCCCGCGUGUAGUGUUCACGGCCAAGCCUCUGUUGAGUGCUGUUGAGCACGCAUUGGAUGCCCAGGAGGAUGCCAUGUAUCGAGACAGCGUACGCGUCUUCACGGUAGAUGUCGCCAGGGACCUGUAUCCUCUCUCGCCCGACUCUCACCCAGAGGAUGGUGACUGGAAGAUGCUCAUCACCCCGACAACUCCUCCUCUGACAACAGCUCAUCCCUUCUCCCCCGAGUCUGCCGUGACACGGACAGCCAUCAUCCUCUGGUCUUCCGGCACGUCAGGUCGAUCCAAAGGUGUGCUUCUCUCCCAUCAAGCCAUCAACUUCUCGACGGCUUCACUCUGGCACGAUGCCGACUUUUACGGAUUCCAUCAGCGAUGGCUCGGUUACGUGCCCUUCUACCACAUCUUUGGCCUGUCCAACAUGUUCUUCCUUGCCAUCGCGACAGGCUCAACGGUCUUUACGAUGCCCGCCUUCAAGCUUGACUCGGUUCUGGCUGCCAUUCCUCGUCGCCAGAUCACCUACCUGCACAUGGCUCCUCCAGUGGCUGUCAUGCUCGCAAAGUCACCAAUCGUGGAGCCGUUUGCGCGACGAGAUGCUCGUGGUCGAAACGCUUUCAGCAGCGUCGUGGCAGGUGUGACUGGCGGUGCUCCUCUCGGUCACGAAAUCGUGGUCCAGGUCUUUGCCAGACUAGGCUUCUUGGUCAGGAUGGGAUACGGCAUGUCAGAGGCAUGCAGCGUGACAGUACAGAGGGGUCUGAGGGAGAAGGACAUGCUAAGCUACAAGAACGACACGGGAAGACCUCACUGGGGUGUUGAACUCAUGGUUGCCUCCGGAGAAGAGUCGGAGGAGGAUGAGACAGACUCGACGACAAAGGCAGCUCCUUUCGGUACUCCGGGUGAGAUUCUGAUCCGAUCUCCCGCUCUGAUGAGCGCCUACCUUCCUACCCAAGGCCUCCACAGUUCCGAGAAGCCAGACAUGAGCGUCACGAUGGAGCAUCUUACUCCCGACGGUUGGCUGCGGACCGGCGACGUCGGCACCCUCGAUCCGGACGGCACGCUCUGCAUCACCGACCGUAUCAAGGAAAUGAUCAAGGUCCGCGCGUACCAGGUAGCCCCCGCUGAGCUCGAAGCCAUCCUCUGCAGCAGCGACGCCGUAGCAGACGCAGGCGUGGUGGGCGUCCACGACGCGAACGAAGCCACCGAGUGGCCCCGGGCCUACGUGGUGGCAGCCGACCAGACAAAGUCGGAGGCAGACCUCAAAAUCCUAGCCCAAGAACUCAAGUCCAUAGUGGAGAGCCACGCCGCCAGGUACAAGUGGCUCGUGGGAGGCAUCGUCUUUGUCAAGCAGAUCCCCAAGUCGCCCAGCGGAAAGAUCCUCCGGAGGGUGAUUCGCGACGGGGGCGUGCAAGGGCUCGAGGUGGCGCUGUACCAACGAAAGAAGAGGGACCACAAGCUGUGA